AUGUCAGCUGGAAUGUCAAUAAAUGAUUACUACAGGGGCAAGGGUGUCCUCCUAACGGGCGGUUCGGGUUUUAUGGGCAAAGUGUUAGUUGAGAAACUCCUGUACAGUGUUCCAGACAUUGGCAACAUUUAUAUUCUCAUGCGUCCGAAGAGGGGAAAGUCUGUCAAUCAACGAAUAGAGGAGCUGCAAAGAUUACCUCUCUUCGACCGCAUCAGGAAUGAACGUCCAUUAGCUUUCAAGAAGAUUAAGGUUCUCCAAGGUGAUGUGUUGUUCGAGAACUUCGGUCUGUCAGAUAUGGAUAUAGAGAAAUUGUCUGAAGAGAUAUCUUUGGUAUUCCAUUUUGCCGCAACUCUUAGACUGGAGGCGCCACUUAAAGACAACGUCAAUAUGAACACAUGCGGUACCCAAAGGACCCUGAAUGUCGCGAAGAGACUUAAAAAUGUAGAAGUCUUUGUUCAUCUUUCGACCGCUUUCUGCUACCCGGACUACAAGGUUCUCGAGGAAAAGAUACACCCGCCGACAGUGUUGCCAUCGGAUAUAAUGCGGCUUAUAGAAUGGUUGGACGACAAGCAGCUAGCCCUACUUACGCCGUCGUUACUGGGAGCACAUCCUAACUGUUAUACCUAUUCCAAGAGAUUAGCUGAAUCCAUAGUUGCUAAUGCAUUUGAAACAAUGCCCGUAGUCAUAGCUCGCCCUAGUAUAGUUUGUCCUGCUUUAUCGGAGCCACUUCCCGGAUGGGUGGACAAUCUAAAUGGCCCAGUAGGACUCAUGUUGGGUGCUGGAAAAGGCGCGAUCCGAAGUAUGCUCUGCGAUGGAUCCCUAUUUGCUCAAGUUAUCCCUGUGGAUACGGCGAUUAAUGCAAUCAUAGCGAUUGGUAUGAUUGAAGGACUACGGACGGAGAAGCCAGAUGUAAUACCAAUCUAUAACAUUAACACUGGACACCAAAAGCCAACCACCUGGGGCGAUGUUUUAAAGAUAGGAAAGGACUACGGCCGAAAGUACCCUCUGGCGUGGCCACUCUGGUACCCAAAUGGUGAUAUUACGACAAACUAUGCGUUACACGAGUUCAAAAGGAUAUUCUACCACUUACUUCCUGCGUAUUGCAUAGACUUUUUGCUGUUGAUCACUGGACAAAAACGAUUUAUGCUCCGAGUCCAAGAAAGGAUAAGCCAAGGCCUACAAGUACUACAAUAUUUCACAAUGAGGCCUUGGACCUUCCCAUGCCCGAAUUUUGAUGCGAUAGAGUCGAAACUUCAUGGCGACGACAAAACAACCUUUAGUACCGAUCUUAGCAAUGUUGAGAAAAAGGAAUAUAUUCAGAAUUGUGUGGAAGGCGGUCGCUUGUAUUGUUUGAAGGAGGAUCCCGCUAAAAUACAUUUGAAUAAAAUGUAUCAAAAUUUCCUCUACGUUUUGGAUUGGAUAGUGAAGAUUCUCUUUUCGUUACUGAUUUUGUCGUUCUUGGCAAAAUGGUUCGAGCCUGUCAAAGAUGUGUUGAGCUUCGGGGAACCUGUAGUAAAACAUGUACCAUUCUUGGGGCCUGCAGUAUUUGAUAAAUAA